AUGAAGACGUUCUACUUCGGCAUUUCCUGCAUAACUCUGUCGAUAUUUGUUCACGACGAACGCAAAUUCCUGAAAGGAGAGGUAGACAAACCCAGCGGGGAAAGUUUCCUGGAGAAAGAAAGCAUAUCAACAGUUACUGUGAUAUUCAACGUGCUGCUGCUUGCAUUCGCCAGCCUUGGAGUGAUUUCAUCGGUUCUAGUGGUGCUCGGACUGAGAAUGGAUAAACGAGCUUUGCUGUUGCCAUGGAUUGUAGUGAUGAUUGCCAACUUGCUGGUGGAGUGUGUCUACUUCAUCUAUCUCAUAGUGAUACAGACGUUGCAGUUCGAACCGGUCACGGCGAUGCUGUUCACUGUGGAUUUCUUCAUAAUGUGUCUUAAUAUCUAUUGCCUGCUGUGCGUGAUAUCGCAAUACCAGGAGUACAAAGCAGGUCGGGGAGCCGCCGAGGACGAUUCCUACACCAGUUCCGUUAACAUCCAGUACAGUCCACCGGCAGCCACUUGCCUUCCCCCGGGGAAAUCAAUACUCAACCCAGUGAUGUGUCCGCAUACCAACUGUACCCUGAUACCGGAGGAGACGCACGCCAACGGGGUUCUCCUGGGAGGUACGGUGAUUAAAUCUUCUGCGGCCUUUAGUAGGCAGAACUCGCUGCUGCUGAAAAAGCACGUCAAAUUCAAUCCCACGGAGAAGGCCAAAGUUUGCUGCAGCGGUGUCAUACAUCCGGAAAAUGUGAUGCCGAUGGAGGGAGGGAAAACCAACGGACAUAUGAUGUCAAUUGAAACGCUUCCUGAGUACAGCGAGGAAAUCCUUUCGUGGAAAGAACAAAAAAUGGCUGCUAAACAUUGUAAUCCCACGGAAAAGUAGAAAAAAUGGAUACCACCGAAAUGGAACCGACACCAUGCAGCGCAGUUGAUGAGUUGCCGUCUUCUUGCUGUUUUUUUCAUUUCCCAGGGAUGCCCGAC